CGAAAUUCAUAUUUCCUUGCUCUUGAUUUUGACUUGAAAAUAUGAUCAUCUUCAAUCAUCUUGAUUCUAAAUAAGAUUACCAUCUAACCCAUUCUCGAGUAUUAAUAGAACUCGAUUCAUACCUAUUCAGAUCCUUAUGAUCUAGUCACAGAAAGGCAGCAACAACAACAACCAUUCGAGUGACAACCCAUCCUAACCUUGAACCAGACUUGGAUCACGCACGAUCCCCUUGAAUCAACAUCUGCCUGACCUCAGAGUCUUUACAUGCUUGUCCUACUCCCGCGCCUCCGACCCAUAGCUUAUCCUAACCCCAACUCGAAAAAAGAGUAAACUUCAAUGACUCUAAACCAUAAUCAUAUGUCAACGCCUCAACGGUAAAUUGGACUAAAUCAGUCUCAUAAUCCUUUCAAUCUGAAAACUAAAUAGUUCACCGUUCUUCAAACUUUUUUUUUAAAAAAAAUUGUAGAACGAACCGUUAAACACACAAUUACAUCAAUUAAAAUAUCAAUUAAAAUACAAGGACCCUCACAAUAUUUCUUCUUUUUACUUACAAAUCUUCCCCAUAUCCAAACACACAUUCUUUUAUAUCUCCCAUUUAUUUAUAAUAAAUCCAUGGACAAAAAGAAUAAAAUUUAAUAACUAGACACACAUAUAUAAACCCAUCUCUUUCAACCCUCUCUCUCUCUCUCUCUCUCUCUCUCUCACUGUCCAUAUACUUAUCAAAAUUCAAUUCAUUUGCAACUCAUCAUCUCUACAAAACUAUCGCCUUCUUCCUUUCCUUUCCUUUCCUUUCCCUUCCCCUGCGAUCACCCUUACAUUCCGCUCACCCUUAUAACUCGCCUCUUCCUUCGAUCUCCGGCCAGACGAAAUCUACUCUUUCCCCACAAUCCUGGAUAUUCCCUCCCUUUGUACCCUUCUCUUCUCCUCCCAAAAACCAAUAUCUAAAUUUACACCACCCCCUUUCCCUCUAUAUAAACCUGGUAAUGCCCUUUUCUCUACCGUCACCAAAACAGGACGACACAGAGAAAAACAGGGCAACAACAAAACAUCCACCACACUCUGCGUUCGAACAAGAAAAAAACAUUUUUUUUUCAUUAACAAAAAAAAUGGAGCACAAUUACCUGAGGGAAAUGGAAGGCAAGCAAGUCCACGACCCACUCUACCACCGCAACCAGCGGAGGCAGGAGAUCGUGAUGGGCCCGGUGAUCGUCGGAGCAGGCCCAUCGGGCCUGGCGACGGCGGCCUGCCUGAAGGAAAAGGGGAUCCCGAGCGUGAUCCUCGAGCGGACCAGCUGCAUCGCUUCCCUAUGGAAGCACCGAACCUACGACCGGCUCUGCCUCCACCUGCCCAAGCAAUUCUGCGAGCUCCCGGGCCUGCCUUUCCCGGCCCACUACCCCGAAUACCCGACCCGGGCCCAGUUCGUCGACUACCUCGAAUCCUACGUGUCCAAAUUCGGCCUGCGCCCGAGGUUUGACGAGGCGGUGGAGAGCGCGGAGUACGACGAGGACGCCGGGAUGUGGCGGGUGGCGACGGCGGCGAAUGCGGAGUAUCUCUGCCGGUGGCUGGUGGUGGCGACGGGGGAGAAUGCGGAGGCGACGGUGCCGGAGAUCGAGGGGAUUGGGGAGUUCGUCGGGGAAGUGAAGCAUUCGAGUUUGUACAAGUGUGGAGAAGAGUAUAAGGGGAAGAAGGUUCUGGUGGUUGGGUGUGGGAAUUCCGGGAUGGAGGUGUGUUUGGAUCUCGCCAAUUUCGGUGCUUGUCCUUCUCUUGUCGUCCGUGAUACCGUGCAUGUUCUUCCACGAGAGAUGCUAGGGAAGUCGACUUUCGGCCUGUCCAUGUGGUUGAUGAAGUGGCUGCCCAUACGCCUGGUGGACCGGUUGCUACUGUUCGGGUCCUGGUUCACCCUCGGGGACACCAGCCGGUUCGGUCUGGGUCGCCCGAGCUUGGGUCCCUUGGAGCUCAAGACCGUCCAUGGAAAGACCCCUGUUCUUGAUGUUGGAACCCUGGCCAAGAUUCGAAGUGGCCAAAUUCAGGUUCUCCCAGGGAUUGAGAGGGUUCGAAGGCAUACGGUGGAGUUCGUUGAUGAUAGAAUAGAGAAGUUCGACGCUAUUCUCUUGGCGACCGGGUACAAGAGCAAUGUGCCAUCUUGGUUAAAGGAAGGGGAGAUGUUCUCAGAGAAAAAUGGGUUCCCAAGAAGGCCAUUCCCACAUACUUGGAAAGGAGAGUUUGGGCUAUAUGCAGCAGGGUUUGCCAAACGUGGGUUAAUGGGAGCAUCCAUGGAUGCCCAGAAAAUUGCUCAGGAUAUUGAAAAGUGUUGGUUUAUUGACACUGAACCCAAAUUAAAGACCAACCCUAAUAAUUCCAUGCCCUUCACUAGGUCACCCAUUUCUUUCUUCCCCAAAACUACUACUUCACAGUGAUCAAUUUUUCUCUCCAACAAACAAAUUUUUUUUUUUUUGCCCUUUCCCAAUAACAACACUCUCAUCACAAAACAAAUGUAAAGAGAAGAAAAAAAAAAUUGGAUGAGAGAUUCAACAAUUUUGAUCCAGAAAUUUUAGAUUUUAGGGUUAGCUCUAGCUAGUGAGCUAAUUGGUUUGCCCCAUUUGAGAAGGCAACAAGGGAUAAGGACUUUAGAAAAGAGUAAUUAGUUAGCCUUUAUCUGUUAGGUUUUCUUUUUUUGUUUUUUCGAAUUUUAUGAUGAGCAAGUGAAGAAUAGAGACAGCCAGGCAACCAACCAGCAAUUUGGGGAUUUAUGGCACAUUUGAGGGGGAGGCUGAAAUGAGGUGGAUGGGGUUGAGGGGACCUUCAAAUCUUUACUAUAGAUUUUGGUACCAUUUCUUUGCUGUAAAUUCCUCAAUUUUCUUUAUGUAGCAUUAUUAUUAUUAUUUUAAUAAUAAAAGUGUUUUGAGAUAAAAUGAUGGGUGAUCUCCAGAAGCAACGAAAUUAUCGAUGUGAUGUUAUGUGAUUAUUUUGAUGCAUCUCAUAAUAAGUUUGACAUGUUAGUGUAGCAGAGGUAUAUUUUUUUUUGUAGUGCUUGAAACUUCUCGUUGAAUUUCGAAGAGGGAAAUGGUGGGAGAUGAGAGAUGUAGCUAGGAUAGGGAUGGUGGUGGGUAGAUUGUUUUGUGCUUUUGCUUGCUUGCUCUAAUGAGGAGAAUUAGUGUCCUUUGAUUAAUUAACUAUUCUUUUCUUAUAGGAAAGGGUUUAGUUGUGAGAGAUUGCACAUUGAUUGGAGAGAUAUAUAGUACUGAUUAGAGAUGCACGAAGAGAGCUUUUUGUCUCCAACUUUUUCUUUGGUGAAUGUUUUCUCUAAUCUUAAGCACUGUGCAUCAUUGAUCUCAAUGAAAAUCUCUUUCAUCUGCUCUCUUUAUCCUCUUGUAUGAUGAUUUUCCCAAAUUAAACCCACUCUAAUAAUUUUAUUACUAAUCAAGAGGUUAAAUAAAUAACAUCUCAUUAUCAUACUUUAAUCUUAAUUAACUAAUAUAUUACUUAUCAUUUAAUAGAAGGGAACAUGUUCGCUCGUCGGUUGAGUCGUCUCUAUAGCAGUCCUUACACGGUUCACGUAAUGUACGACAUGACAAACUCGUAACUCCCACAAAUGAAUUAGUGAACGAUGGAGUAUCCAGAAUGUCAAACGAUAAGGAAAUGUAUAUUAUUUGUGAAUUGAUGAACUGCUUACUUGCUAGUUACACAAAUCUUAACCGUCUCUUUCUUUCUGUAAGCAUUUUAUCAUCUCCGUUAUAAAAAAUAAUUGUAUCGCUCUUCUCGUCUUCUACAUAUAGAAUAUUUCACACAAACUAAAUUAUUUUACAAGUCGUAUAUCUGUUUAAUUUCGUACCAAAAAACCAACAUUCAAUUCAAAACACCCAUGCCCACCCAGACAAACAAAUCCACUCUACUUAAAUCCCAUCCAUUCCUUUGAAAUACAUGAUUGACAAGAGAAACCUAACAAGAAAAUCAAGGAAUUGAAGAAGGUUCGUUGGUGGGAAUCCGAGAAUGGAGAAGUGGUAGGGUAAGUCGUCCUACAACUAUAAUAAUGAUGAUCAAAUAAAAUUCUGCCUUGGAA